GUCCAGGUGGUGAAAGAGUAAAAACUAGUGGUGGAAAGCAAAAGGAGGAGAUUUAGCCAUCCCACCACGUGUUCGAAUGGCAUUUUCUUCUUCCUCUUCUUCCAAUUUUAUGGGUUCCUGCGUCUGAGUUGGAACCCCUGAAGGAGGAUUUGCAUGCAGCACCAUUUCGCUGUAUCUCCCUCCUUCGUCGCCUCCAACGUAGUCUUCCUCUCUCUCCUUUUAACCUCCUCCUUCUUCCCUUGCUUCUCUGGGUCACCCGCUUCCUUCGCCCCUGAACCUGGGUUCUUUUUCCCCUGGAAUCCAGGUAUUCCUUCUGAGUCCAGAUCACAGAUUAUGCUUUGUUCUCCUGUGAAUAUUUUCAAUGCAUCUUUUGCUUAUAGACAAGAUUUGGAGACCUGCUGAUCGGUACUCCACUGCCAUUUUGGAAAAGGUUCCAGAAUCCUCCAUGGAAAAUGUUGAAAAGAUGCAACUUCCUGGAUUCCCUAUAGGAAUUGCUGAAGCAAUUGACCUACCAGAUAGUCAUUCACACAUUAAAGCUUCAACCAAUUUCCUAAGAAAUAGAAAAGUGGAACCUGACGUUCUGGCUCGUGUGGAAGAAGAACCUGAUGUCGUUGCUCGUGUAGAAGAGCCUGAUGUCCCUGCUCGUGUAGAAGAACCAGUCAUUUCUCUUGUAGAAAAGCCAGUCACUGCUCGUGUAGAAGGCCGGAGAAAACUUACAAUUCCUAGAUCCUUUAGUAAUGUCAGUGAGAAAAAAGGCGCUAUUGAUACGACUCCGCCUAUUGAGUCUGUCAAAGAAGCUGUUUCUAGGUUUGGAGGAAGCAUAGAUUGGAAAGCCCGUCGUGCUAAGAAUAUCCAGCAGAGACCCAAGAGUGUGGGAGUAGAACUUGAAAUAUCACAGGAGAUUGCCGAGCUGAGGAGACAAGUCAAGUUCCAGCUACCUGAGGAUUUGUACAGCACUAACAAACUUAUAGAAGAACUGAAACAAUACUUAGAGAGGGCACAAAGAGAAGAGCACGAAGCAACUCAAGCCUCAGAAACUGCGAGGCUCAAAGCUGAGGAGUUGGAGCAGGAGAUUGUAAAUGAAGCCAGGCACGCAGCUGCAAUUUCAGAUUUAAAUUCCACUAAUGAGGAACUGGAAAGAUUGCAUGAUGAGCAUGCUUGUAUGGUGAUUCAAAAGGACAUUGCUGUUAAAAUGGCUGAAGAGGCUGUUGCUGCAUCUAAAAAAAUUGAGCAGUCAUUGAAAUAUUUGACUUUUGAGUUUGAGUUAUUGAAGAUGGCACGAACUUCGCAGCCAGGAGCUGGAGGUAAGGAUUGCAGCAACUGGAAGCUGAAACUUCAACAUGCAGAAGAGAAGCUCCACAAACUCAACCAACAAGCUUCAGCAAUGAAGGAUCUCAAAUCUAAACUGGAUGCAUCUUCUUCUUUAUUGCUUGAUUUGAAAUCUGAAUUAGCAGCAUAUAUGAAAUCCAAAUUAAAACGGGAGGGUGAUGAAGAACCAAAAAAGGUAUUUGACGAAGUGAAAGUCAAAACAGAGAAAGCAUCUGCUGAGCUUCACUCAGUUAUCACAACCAUCAGGCGAAGUGAGGAAACAGUCUCUGUUGCAGUUGCAUCUCCCAAAGCUGAACUGGAGACAAUGUCUCAAUUGGCUUCAGCUGAGAUGAAAAAGAAAGGAGCCAGAGGGAUAAUUGACCUCGAUAAAAAACUAGAGCAAGCAGAACAGAAGGCUGUUUAUGCUAAAUCACUUGCUCAGGCAGCUCAAAUAGAGCUGCGUGAAGUGAAGGAAGAUGCUGAACAAGCCAAGGCCAGAGCAAGCGCGUUGGAACGUAGGUUAAUGGCAGCACAGACAGAGUUAGAGGAUGCCAAGUACUAUGAGAAGGUGGCAGCAGAAGCAGUUAAAGCAUUGCAAGAGAGUGAAUCGGCUGAAAACAACUAUGACAUGCAUUCUCCCUCUGAGGUAACACUCGAACUGAGAGAAUACUAUGAACUCAGGAAGCGUGCAUACGAGGCGGAUAAGCCAGUUGAUUUGAGGGUUGUAGCUGCUAAUUCUCAAAUUGAGAUGGCUAAGGACUCUGAGUUGAACAGCUUAAAUAAGUUGGAGGAAGUAAAUCAAGAGUUGGCUGCAAGAAGGGAAUCCUUGAAGAUGGCAACUGCGAAAGCUGAGAAGGCCCAAGAAGGAAAAUUAGGAGUAGAACAGGAGUUACGGAAGUGGAAGGCUGACCAAGAGCAGAAAAGGAGUGCUAGUUUGGAGCGGAAGAAAGAAUACAAUAAAUCUGAGCAGAUUAACGGGCCUUCAAAUAAUACUGUAACUGAACGAGCCCCAGAAACAGAGACCAAAAAGAAGAAGAAGAAGCAACUGUUUCCACGGGUUAUAAUGUUCUUUUCCAAAAGAAAAGCCCGUCGUAACAAGUGAAUGCAAUCUUUGAUUCAAAACCAAUGCACCCAAGUCUCACCAUAACCCCCAUCUUUUGUAAAAUUAUUUCUACCAAUUAAGUAAAAGUUCAUGCAUGGUUGGGACUGUGAUUCUCUCGGAGAUGGUUUAAGGGCUGUUAAUUGUAAGGACAUAGAAUAAGACUGCCUUGAAUAAGCUCAGCUUGGCUGCAAGAACAGAAUAAGAAUAUUGCUUAUGAUGAACAGGCUAGAAUUACUCUUAUUUAACAUCACUCUUCUAGAGAUUA